AUGGCUGCGCUGGUUCAAACGAUCCCCCAACACAGUAGCACGGUACCGGUGCUCCAGACGCGUCCUUCCUCCUCCUCGGGCACCUUCAUCUCUCCAUCCGCUCAAAAUACAGGCUCUCAUUACCAGAAUAUGUCUUGGAGCUCCUUCAAUACCGGCAAUUCCGGGAGCUAUCGCGCAGGCCACCAGGUUGUGGCUCCCUAUGCCUACGCUCCCAAUCUGGUUCCCGCGGCCUCUUCUCCCACAGCCCAGCAUCGCCAGUCGUGGUCGCCCCAUCUUCGACCGGAGCAUCGCACCUUUUCUGCUCCUGCGACCCAUCAGGGUUCCUUAAAUCCAUCCUACACUGGCAACUCGCGCGUCAACAAUCCUGCAGCUGCGCCCUCCCCCUCCCGGCAGUUGAGAACUGAGCAACCACUCCGGCCCCUGUCCACUGCCAACCUCCCUCCUCCCAACGUCAUGAACAUAUCCUCUCCCGUUGGCUCCGCAAAGCCAUCUCCCAAUCGUUACCGUCGUGCGAAUCAACAACGAUCAGAGAGUGCUCGGUCUCAAUCACCAGUCCCUGCAUCCACUCCUCCUGCGAUUGAUGACAAGACGACUGUCGGCCCUCGCCCAAUUCUCCGGUCAAAUGGCCACAAUCGUGUUUCCAGCGUGGACGACUCGUCUCAUGUGGAAAGGCCGCAGCCAGAGCUCGCCAAGCGGUACCGGCGCCGGAGUCUGGGGAACAUGGAUCCAUCUGCGUACCCUAACCUGGAGCUUCAAAUGCCCGUUGCCUCAUCCACUCAGUCAGGCCCAUACGACUUCAUUGCGUUUGACACCAAUCAACGGCCUCGCUCGGCUCACUCACACCAUGAUAGCUCCGUGAGCGUCCACUCAGCACACUCCUCAACCUCUUCGGUCCGCGAAGGGCAGUCUCCCGAUGCAAGUUCCAUCACCAGUAAGACCGGCAGGCCGGAGGAGAAGCGAACGAGCAAACCCUCGCCUCUCUCACAGCCAUCGACUUCACCCGAGUCUCCAAUGACCAGAUCCACCAACGCCCAGGCUACCACAGCCUCGUCACCACCGACUGACUCACCGGCCGCCAAACGCCUGGCUGAGUUGAAGAAUGAGCACAAGCGCCCCGGAAAAUCACGCCUGCGACGCGCCUUCUCUUUCGGUAGUGCCUCGGAGCUGUUGAAGGCAUCCUCUGCACAGAACGCCGCUAGCAAGCGAGAGGCUGCGGCUGCCGAGCUGGCUCGCCGAGAGGCCCUUCGGGAGGAGCUGGGAGAUGAACAAGCCGCCAUCGCUGAACAACAAGAAGCCAGUGGUCUGGGCGAGAGUAUCUACUCCCAUCAAGGCAAUCUCUUCCGUGGCUCCACCGAUGCUCUGUCCGUCUCGUCGACCGCUUCCUCGGCAUCGAUGAUGCUCCGAAAGAUGGGCAAGGGUAUGAAGCGCGGCGGUCGGUCCCUCGUCGGCCUGUUUCGUCCAAAGUCGAUUGCCAGCGUCAACUCAAUCGAAGGUGGAGUCGGAGCACCAGAGCAGCCCAUGGCUGCUCCCAAGAUCUCGGUGGUCAACGUUGAAGGAGAGCGAGCGGACCUGGAGAGCGUAACGGUGAACCUGGAUCCGCAAGACAUGCCCCGUGGCGGCACAGUGUUCCCCAAGGCCGAAGGGGGCUCGGAGCCUCGCCGCUCGGCUUCUAUCCGCGAGCGACCGCAGCAACGCAGUGUCUCGGAUAACACAGGUGACACACGUAAGAGCAUUCUCGGCGGUGAGCGUGAACGAGCGGAGGUAUUGGCGAAUAUUCGCCAGACUCGGGGUAUCCUGAAGAAGACAAACUCGGAUCUCGGUGUGUCAUCCCAGGCUCGUGCACAGAAUGGCAGUGAAUCGCCACAUUCCAGUGCACCAACGACCCCCGAUGAAGGGUCACGGGCUGCUCGCCCAGCCGACCACGUCAAGAUCGCCGGCGAAGACUACUUCAUGUCGGAGGGUGGACGGUUCACCGGGGGUGACACUAAGAGCGCUCCCAUCACCCCGCAGCCGAGCUCACGAAACAUCAUGUUCAGCCCUCGCAUUCAAUUCCACGACACCUGGCCUAGUGGCGAGUAUGACCGUCGUGGAGACAUUGCGACUUGCAACCGUUUGACGCCUCUGCUCGCUCAGCAGAUCCGAGAGGAGAUCAACAACUUCAAGAUGGAGAUGGAAGUCCAUGAGAACUCCAAGAUCUACACGCACUUCAUUUGA